AUGACAGUGACCCACGAAACCAUUCCCGGAACCGAGGUAUACGGACCGGGGACAUUCAUCGACAAGAACGUCCUUCCGGUGCCUACAGAUGCUCGCCGUGUAUUCGAGAUCCUCGCUUCACGAACCCCCGAUUUCACGAAAAACAAAGCAGCAUGGGAUACAGUCCAUUUCGAAGGCCGGCCAGAGCCUAUGGUUCAAGGGCCGAUCAAGUCACCCGUCAUGGCGGCCGCAUUGCAUGCCAUGGCAGGCCUAGUUGCUAACGAGCUUCUGGAGCUGCGGGAUGGGAAGCUCACCGUUCAGAAUAGCGUGACUGUCGAUACCGACCACGCAGGCAUUUGGCUCGGUUCCGCGCUCACCACUUAUAUCAACGGCUCUGACGUACCUGACCUGGCACGGUCAAGGAAGCUGGGUACCCUCUUCGAUCAGGAUUUCGAACAAGGCUUCGGAAAGGGGAUAUCGAGUCGAGCAACAGCCAUCUAUCAGACCAAGGAUCCCCAUGUGUGGUACCAGCUUCAUGGCUCACUCGACGCAAAUACCGCCCUCAGGUCGAUGGGAAUCAACCCUGAUGUGACCUUCGACACACCUCAAGGAUACUACGACUAUAUUCAAGAAUACGUUAGCAAGUGGACGCCCGACGAACUCGAGAUGCACAAUGUGCGCCACGGUCUGUGCGGAAGCAUCUGCUAUUCUCCAGAGGGUUGGAGGAAGACAGAGUUUGGGAAGCGCCUGUCCAAACAUCCGUUGAUCAAUGUGACAGCUGAGACCUAUGCCAGGCCUACGCCUCCAGUGCCUCUGGCCAAGGGCCUAUCCGACAAACGGCCGCUAGCCGGAGUCAAGGUCCUGGAGAUGGUGCGUAUCAUUGCAGGGCCACAAAUCGGUGUUACCUUGGCAUCUUACGGAGCAGACGUGAUCCGGGUAAACUGCAGCAGACUGGCGGAUCUUAAUGUGCUCCAAUUAACCCUGAAUGCCGGAAAAAGAACGGUCGACCUUGACAUCACCAAGGCGGAGGAUAUGGAACGGUUGCAAGAGCUGCUCGCAGAUGUUGAUAUUUUCAUUCAAGGAUUCCGAAUGGGUUCGCUGGAUAGAAAGGGACUGAGUCUGCAUAACAUGCUAGAGAUCGCAGCGAAAAGAAACAAGGGGAUCGUCUACAUCGACGAAAACUGUUACGGUCCGGAUGGCCCAUUCGCCGAGCGUCCUGGUUGGCAGCAAAUUGGGGAUGCUGCAUCGGGUAGCUCAUAUGUUAUGGGCCGGUCCCAGGGGUAUGAGGAUGGGAAGAGUGUGCUUCCACCACUUCCUGUGUCUGAUAUGAUAACGGGUCUUGUUGGUGCGGUCGGCGCGAUGAUUGCAAUCAGGCGACGGGCAGUAGAGGGAGGCUCUUACCACGUCCAUAGCUCCUUGGUUGCUGCAGAUACGAUUGCGUUGGAAAAGGAGAUCGGACUGUACCCUCCCGAGGUGGUUCGGGAGACGAUCGAACGGUGUGGGUUCAAGGAAAUCACUCCCGAUCAAUAUGUGACCGAGGUUUUGUUAUCGGUCAUUGAUGGUUGGAAGAAGGGACUCCCUCACGAUCUGGAUGAAGACUCGAGAUUCAUGACGACAUUUGAGUCAGGACACUGGGGCCGGCAGACACUUUUGAAACCUGUUCCAAAGCUGGGUGUUGAGGAGUCGACGCCGAGGUGGACUUCUCGUCCAGUCCCUCAUUGCCACCAUGACCGGAGUAUUGGUUGGCUUUGA